AUGCAUUCAGGUCAAGAAAUCAGACAUGGCACUGAGAACAAGAAGGAGUCAAGAAAGGCACAGUGUCUGAUUCUGGAGAAACAAGUGCACAGCCGGAUGGGAGCCUGUGCCCAUGCCGCCGCCUCUGCCCUGCUCUGCUUCAUCCAGCUUCCUGGGUCAAAAUGUGAAGAAAGCUGUGUCAGUCCUGAACAUUGCCUGACUACAGACUGGGUACAUCUCUGGUACAUAUGGUUGCUGGUGGUAAUUGGCGGGCUGCUUCUGCUCUGUGGCCUGACUUCUGUGUGUUUCCGCUGCUGUCUGAGCCGCCAGCAAAAUGGGGAAGAUGGAGGACCACCACCCUAUGAAGUGACAGUCAUUGCUUUUGACCAUGACAGUACUCUCCAAAGCACUAUUGCUUCCUUGCAAUCAGUGUUUGGUCCUGCAGCUCGAAGAAUCCUGGCUGUAGCUCAUUCCCAUGGUUCCCUGGGCCAGAUACCUUCCUCUCAGGACACUCUCCCAGGUUAUGAAGAAGCUCUUCACAUGAGUCGCUUCACUGUAGCAAGAUGUGGGCAGAAAGCACCUGAUCUACCCCCAGUCCCAGAAGAAAAGCAGCCUACUCCAAGGGAGAAGGAGUCUCCUCCAACUGAACCCUCUUCUAAUUGA